CAGGUUGAUGGCAGCGGCAGCUGGGACUGCAGCGGCGCCCGGCCCCGAGAGUCGCAGGCAGCGGCCGGAGUGCGCAGCCUAACGUCCGGGCCCCAGACGCCGCGGACACCCGGAGAGGCAGUUCCGGCUCCCUGACGCCUCCCUCGGGCCACAGCGCACCCCCAAUCCCCUCCGCAGAGAAGUCGCAGCGUGAGCGCCCCUCGGCCGGCUCGGGACCAGCUCACAGGACUAAGGACCAAAGGCAUUUCUGGGCACUGAGAUCCUCCAUCUCUGCCCCCAGCUAUGAGCCGGCGCGUGGUUCGGCAGAGCAAGUUCCGCCAUGUGUUUGGACAGGCAGCAAAGGCUGACCAGGCCUACGAGGACAUCCGUGUGUCCAAGGUCACAUGGGACAGCUCAUUCUGUGCCGUCAACCCCAAAUUCCUGGCCAUUAUUGUGGAGGCUGGGGGUGGAGGUGCCUUCAUCGUCCUGCCUCUGGCCAAGACAGGGCGAGUGGAUAAGAACUACCCACUGGUCACUGGGCACACUGCCCCUGUGCUGGACAUUGACUGGUGCCCACACAAUGACAACGUCAUCGCCAGUGCCUCAGAUGACACCACCAUCAUGGUGUGGCAGAUUCCAGACUAUACCCCUAUGCGCAACAUUACGGAGCCCAUCAUCACACUUGAGGGCCACUCCAAACGUGUGGGCAUCCUCUCCUGGCACCCCACAGCCCGGAACGUUCUGCUCAGUGCAGGUGGUGACAAUGUGAUCAUCAUCUGGAAUGUGGGCACUGGGGAGGUGCUCCUGAGUCUAGACGACAUACACCCGGACGUCAUCCACAGUGUGUGCUGGAACAGCAAUGGUAGCCUGCUAGCCACCACCUGCAAGGACAAGACCCUGCGCAUCAUCGACCCCCGCAAGGGCCAGGUGGUGGCGGAGAGGUUUGCGGCCCACGAGGGAAUGAGGCCCAUGCGGGCCGUCUUCACGCGCCAGGGUCAAAUCUUCACUACGGGCUUCACCCGCAUGAGCCAGCGAGAGCUGGGCCUGUGGGACCCGAACAACUUCGAGGAGCCAGUGGCACUGCAGGAGAUGGACACAAGCAACGGGGUCCUACUACCCUUCUACGAUCCAGACUCCAGCAUCGUCUACCUGUGUGGCAAGGGCGACAGCAGCAUUCGGUACUUUGAGAUUACAGAGGAACCACCUUUCGUGCAUUACCUGAACACAUUCAGCAGCAAGGAGCCACAGAGGGGCAUGGGCUUCAUGCCCAAGCGGGGACUGGAUGUCAGCAAGUGCGAGAUUGCAAGGUUCUACAAGUUGCAUGAAAGAAAGUGUGAACCCAUCAUUAUGACUGUGCCCCGCAAGUCAGACCUGUUCCAGGACGACCUUUACCCAGAUACACCGGGCCCGGAGCCGGCCCUAGAAGCGGAUGAAUGGCUAUCUGGUCAGGACGCAGAACCCGUGCUCAUCUCGUUGAGGGAUGGUUACGUGCCGCCCAAGCACCGCGAGCUCCGAGUCACCAAGCGCAACAUCCUGGACGUGCGCCCACCCCCCGGCCCCCGCCGCAGCCAGUCGGCCAGCGACACUCCCUUGUCGCAGCAGCACACCCUGGGGACACUGCUGGAGGAGAUAAAGGCCCUGCGCGAGCAGGUGCAGGCCCAGGAGCGGCGCAUCACCGCUUUGGAGAACAUGCUGUGCGAGCUGGUGGAUGGCACGGACUAAUGCAGCGCUUGGGGAAGCUCCGAGCCCGGAGGGCAAAGUGGCUUUUGGUCCGGAACUCCGGACCCCGCCUCUCUGGGCCCAGGCUGGGCCGGGACUGGGAAGGGAACGCCACACCUCGCGUGAGUCCUGGACAAAUGAAGCGUUUCAGAGACUCUGGCGCCCGCUGGGCUGAGUGCCUUGCAGGGAACUCAGCGGCACUCAGCAGGAACUGGCCUCAGAAGGCCCAGGGUGAUGGGGGCCUCGGCAUUGGUGCUGCACCGCUGGCAGUGUCCCCUUUGUUCCUCGCCCAGGGCAGGGGAAGUGCUUAGUAUUAGCGAAAUGCUUGGGGAUGUUGGGGAACUUGGGCUUGACCUCAAAGGGGUAGCAUCUCUCCAGACAGCUGGGGAAAAUUACAACGCUUCUCCCUCUAAUCAGCUCACUUGACUCCACCACCCUGAGUGGUAAAUCCAACGGGCGUUGCCCCAGUUCUAUGGACAUACGCAAAUGCUGGCUGUAGAGCAGGACCCAUGGGCUACAUCCAGCAGUCUAUGACAAAGGGCUCUCUUCCUUCUUUCCACCUGCAGGGGAGAGGGCGGCUUCCUCGAGGCACUCCCACAGGAGAACCAACCAGAAAACUGGCGUGAGGAAGCAGGUUCACACCUCCUACACACACACACACACACACACACACACACACACGCAUGCACGCAUGCAAGCACGCACACACACUGCCCCCAGCCCUCUGUUGUGGCCUUGACUUCAGGAGGAAAACAAAAAGUACUGAAUGAAACAUUUUACCAAGUGCUCAGUUUGUGCCUCCUGCCUCCAGUCCCCCAGUCUCUGUAAAUGCCACUCCAGACUCCUGGAGAUCCUGACAAAUGUAACCCUCGGCUCAGGACCCACCAGACACCCACUUACCUCAGGGCCCUCCCCACAGUGAGGUUCAGAAGGAACCCGAAACCCUCAGGUGGGCGUUCUUCCCCAGUAAAGGCAGGUAGGAAAAGC